AUUUGCAUGGGUCUUCUCAUUUUCGUCCUUUUCUCUCUCUCUCUCUCUCUCUCUCUCUCUCUUCCUCCUCCAACCGUCAGCUCAAGUGGUCACUCUUCCCACUGCACUCUGCCACACACACCCCCUGGCGCACGUUAGCAUUCACCCUCACCUCAUCACUCUUUCACUUCCUUUCUCUCUCCUCGUUCGUUCUCUUUAUCACUUUCUCUCUCUUCGCCACUCGGCGGUGUGCACGACGGAGCUAAUCAGGUUGAAGUCGAAUAGUCGAUGAUGGUGAUGUACUGCCAGAGGGUUGAUUUCUGUUAAGGAAUAAGGAGAUUAUUCAAGACUUGGUCAGAUGAAAAUGUUUAGUUUUUCUCGGAGGCGAACGAAGCUUGGAAGGAUGAAGGUCCUUUCAGACCCUACCCAGGGAACAAAAAGCCCUUUAAGACCAUUAAAGCGGGCAAGCAAUUCCAAUGUUGAAAGUUUUGUUGCUACUGCUGACCGUGUAAGCGAGCCCAGUUCUGCUCCACAAGAUAUCAAUAAUUGCACAUCAGGAAGCUCUGAGAGCUGGAUGGUCUUGUCAAUUGCUGGAGAUAAGCCGAAACCUCGCUUUAAUCAUGCCGCAACGGUAGUAGGAAACAAGAUGGUGGUGGUUGGUGGCGAAUGUACUGAUGGAAUGUUGGAUGAUGUGCAGGUGCUUAGUUUUGAUCAAUUCUCAUGGACCUCAGCUUCUUCAAAAAUAUACCUGUCACCAACUAGUCUUCCUCUAAAGAUCCCGUCUUGCAGAGGGCAUAGUUUGGUUUCAUGGGGUAAGAAAACUCUCUUAAUAGGAGGAAAGACUAAUCCUGGCAGCGAAAAGGUUUCAGUAUGGGCAUUUGAUACAGAGACAGUAUGCUGGUCACUAAUGGAAGCAAAGGGUGAUGUACCGGCUUCUCGCAGUGGGCAUACGGUGGUUAAAUCAAAUUCCGUUUUAAUUCUCUUUGGAGGUGAGGAUUCUAAAAGAAGGAAGCUGAAUGAUCUUCACAUGUUUGAUUUGAAAUCAAUGACAUGGCUUCCCCUCCAAUGCACAGGAACAGGACCAUCUCCAAGAUCCAAUCAUGUUGCAGCUCUUUAUGACGAUAGGAUACUUUAUAUCUUUGGUGGCUCUUCAAAGUCCAAAACCUUGAAUGAUUUGUACUCCUUAGAUUUUGAGACGAUGAUGUGGUCAAGAAUCAAGAUCCGAGGUUUCCAUCCUUCACCAAGAGCUGGUUGUUGUGGUGUUCUAUGUGGGUCUAAAUGGUAUAUUACCGGUGGCGGAAGCCGUAAAAAAAGACACUUGGAGACCUUGGUUUUUGAUGUUGUUAAAGUUGAAUGGUCGGUUGCGACUACAUCACCUCCAUCCUCCAUCACAACGAAUAAAGGAUUUAGUCUUGUGCUGGUACACCAUAAAGAGAGGGAUUUCCUUGUUGCAUUUGGAGGAUCUAGGAAAGAACCAUCAAAUCAGGUGGAAGUCAUGAUAUUGGACAAGACUGGAAACUCUUCUGGAAGAAACUUGGCCCCAAAUAAAGUUCCUGGGCAGUUGCCACGUCAUAAUCGCUCUUCGUCUAAUGAGCUUGCAUCUCAGCUUCAUGGUGCUUCAUCCUGUUCAGUUGAUUCCCUUCGACAAAACUUAGCAUCAAUUAUAGAAGAACAUGGUUCUUCUCGGAGAUCUCUAUCGGAGUCUGUUCAUGCGGAUUCAUCAAAUGUCUCAGGAAGUGUGUCACUAAGGAAGCAAUUUCACAGUGAGGAGGAACUUACCUGUAAACUGACGAGACAUUCUGACGACGAGAAUUCAUUCUCACAGUUCUUAGAAGAAAGAAGACCCCCAGAAGCAGCAUGUCUGGCCGAAACUUCUGGCAGAUUUAUCAUGGAAGACAUACCAUCUUUGUCGGAGUCUGGAAACUUUAGUGUCCCCAGUUGUGUCAGUGAGAAAUUUCCUCUUGAUAAUGAGGCGAUAAUUUUCCCAGAGAGUGAAGAUAAGUGUGGAGUUUUUUCUGCUCCUUCAAGCAUAUAUCAAUUGUAUGAAACAAGAAUGGCUGCCUUGAUAAGGAAAAAUGGGAUGCUUGAAGGCCAACUGGCAGCUGCUUUGGCAAGUCGUGAAGCUGCUGAGAAAAAUGUAUCAUCUGUUCUAAAGAGUAGGCAGGAAACAGAGAAAAAGCUGGUUGAUACAGGAAAGGAAUUGGAGUUGCUGAAGGAGAAGUUAGGAGGUCUUGAGCUUGCGCAAGAAGAGGCUAACAACUUAUCGAAUAUUGUACAUUCAGACAAUGUAAGGCUUGAGCAUGAUGUAGCUUUCUUGAAAGCGGUCUUGGAUGACACCCAAAAGGAGCUUCAUUCUACCAGGGGAAUGUUGGCUAAUGAACGAGCAAGAGCUUUCCAGCUACAGGUUGAAGUUUUUCACCUCAAGCAGAGACUGCAGUCAUUAGAAAAUCGUACGGCUACGCCAAGAAAACCAUUCCAAGUAUAGCCCAAGAACACGUCAAGGUUUUGGAAACUCCUUAUCAAAAUUUUGGGAACUGUUGAUUUUUUGGUGUUACCAUUAACUUAAAAAUUGUAUAAUGUUCAUGUAAGUUGAUCAACCUUUUGAUCUGUAAAUAUCAAAAACACGGAGUAUCAUUUAUCAAAUUACUGCUUAUUCAA